AGUGCGACGGUUCACCAAAUCAGUAACUUCAGUUCAACUAAAUUAAAUUGGGGCGCAAGCGAACACCCUCCUACUUCGCGUGCACGCGGGCCGCGGGAGUUCGGAGCUCGCGUCGGGGUGACGCCAACCCAUCUUGGUUUGCUCAAGACAAGUUGCUUGUGGAAAUGCCUGCACCGGUGGUGGCGCCGGUGUCGUUGUGAAUGUGAGAAGAGCUGUGGUUUCUGUCAGAUCGGUUAGUGGGAGUAGUACAAUAACAGCGACAUUGCUUGUUUAACACUGUCCAACUAGAAGGGUUAUCUCUGGGAAGCGGCUUGGCCUCCACUAAAUAGGUAUAAUGGACAGUGGAAACCAACUACAAAGUCAGGGUUAUGCUGCUGAUAUUACCUCCAUAAAAGAGGCAAAACUCCGAAUCAGUCCAUACAUUCAUGAAACUCCAGUCCUUACAUCAAAAUCCUUGAAUUCUAUUGCUCGGAAACAAUUGUAUUUCAAGUGUGAAUGCUUUCAAAAAGGAGGAGCAUUUAAGAUUAGAGGUGCUUCAAAUGCUAUAUUCUCUCUUUCCAAUGAUCAAGCUGCUAAAGGAGUAGUCACACACAGCAGUGGUAACCAUGCUGCAGCUGUGUCUUUGGCUGCAAAGCUACGUGGAAUCCCUGCAUAUAUAGUAAUACCAGAAAAUGCUCCACGAUGCAAGAUUGAAAAUGUCAAGCGCUACGGUGGGCAAGUCAUCUGGAGCGAACCCACAUUUCAAUCAAGAGAGAAUGUUGCUAAAAAAGUUCAGCAAGAAACUGGCGCAAUUAUGGUUCAUCCAUUCAAUGAUAAGUACAUCAUAAGUGGGCAGGGUACCAUCUCACUGGAGCUUUUGGAGCAAAUCCCUGAAAUUGACACCAUAGUAGUACCAAUAAGUGGUGGUGGUUUGAUAUCUGGUGUGACUUUGGCUGCAAAAGCCAUCAAUCCUUCUAUUCGGAUUUUGGCUGCUGAACCAAGGGGCGCUGAUGAUGCAGCUCAGUCCAAGGCAGCAGGGCAGAUUCUCAGAUUACCUGAGACCAAAACCAUAGCUGAUGGCCUCUGUGCUUUUCUAGGAGAUCUGACAUGGCCAGUGGUUAGGGAUUUAGUGGAUGAUAUCAUCACUGUGGACGAUGAAGCGAUCAUCGAAGCCAUGAGAAUGUGUUACGAGAUUCUCAAAGUGGCUGUGGAACCCAGUGGGGCCAUCGGGCUUGCUGCUGUUCUCUCGGAUCAGUUUCAACAAAGUGCUGCUUGGAAGGAUAGCAACAACAUCGGUAUCAUUCUUUCCGGAGGAAACAUUGAUCUUGGUGUGCUUUGGAAGUCUUUUGGAAAAUGAAUGUUACUACGUGUGUUCAUUGUGUUAUCUGAUUGGCAACAUGUUUGAUGAGCAUACUAAUGACUUCAAACGUAUAAAAGCUCAUGCUUGUUAACAUUUUAGGGCGUUGUUUCAAUCUUUGAGAGCAACCAAAUCUUUUACUAGAAAUAUAUGAAUAUGGCUCUUUGUGUGCA